UCAGUUUACAAGGAAAAGUUUUGCUUUAGCACAUGCCUAAAAUUCAGAAUUGUCAUACACAUAACAUAUUUCCUGGCAGACAUUAGUCUAACAAAUUGUUUUAGAUCGAUACCUUGGCCAGGAGGAUUAUCAUAGAGCUGAAUGCAGAUCGACAUGUAUCUAUUCAGCUGUCUCUCGCGUUUCUUGUUCUUCGUGUAUGGCACUUUGGGACCAGCAUGGCACACCUAUAAGACGCUCAACAGCGGCGAUGAGGAGUUUCUGGCCUGGGCAAAGUACUGGAUAGUCUACGCAUUCCUGGUCACCGCCGAGGUGCUGGCCGACACCUUUCUGUCGUGGCUGCCGCUCUACAUGCCCACCAAAUUCCUCCUGGUCCUGUGGAUCGUCCUGACCGCACCGGGGGCCAAUGUCUGGAUCUUCGAUGCCAUCCUUCGUCCGGUGCUGGCCAAGCGCCAGGAGCAGAUCGAUCACUUCCUGCACCGGGGCAAGGACAAGCUCCUGAGCGACGUCUUCGUCUCGAUGUCGCAGUUGUUAGUUCGCAGUCGGACCGUUGUGCUGCCUUUUAUGUCCCAGCUUUGGUCAAAAUCAAGGCCUUCACUCCUGGGCGCUGAGAAUUUCAAUGACUUGGUGGACGCUUCUGGAGUUAGGGCAUCGGAGGAUGCAGACUCGGCUUCCACUUCGGUCCGCACAUCAGCCCAAAAUCUGUCCAGUUACUCCAGUCCCGUUGGCAGCUUAAUGAUCGUCAACGAUGAUUUCGAAGAGACUCAGGUGGGCGUUUCAAGGGCCACCACCGAUCUGCACUCUGAACAAUCCCUAAGCGACGUGGCCAAGAACAACAUAGUGUCACUGGAGUCAUCCGGUAUCCUUAAUCGCCGUGUCCAGCGCAAGUCCAGGAUUUCCAAGACGUCUACCGAUGAGCCUACCACCGCCUUUUCCUCGAAAACAAACCUGACCGGUCAGAAGGACGAGCUCUAUGACGAUGUUGGGGAUCUGCUGGCCAAGUCGGUAAUCGAGGCUACAUGCCAGGAAACCCGUCAACAUCUUCAACCCGUCAAUCGUCGACGGUUGACUCUCCCUAAUUCAACAAAAUAGUACAUCUUAUUGAUCGAAAAGCCCCAAAUGAGGGUUUAAUUACUGAGUUAUUGCGAAAUAUAAAUGAAUAGAUUUUUGGUUCUAAGGUAUGAAAGCUCAA